AUGAAUCACGCCCAUGAUGUCCCGUCGAGUCGCGGGUUCCCCAAUCCGGAGGCCAGUGCGCCUACCGAGUCCUCCGUGAACGCUGCGACGUCACCCGCGCCGCGCAAGCCCGCCUCCGAUGAAAUUCAAGUCACGCGAAUCCCUCAAACGUUGUCUCUGCGGGUGGAUGGCCUGAACGCAGUCACCGUGCCACAUGGUGAAAGCGAGGCGAGCGACAUCGACUAUAUCGAAUCCUCGCAACGCGGUAGCGACACGUCGGCCGAAGGCCCACGCCCAGAGCUUCAGUCUGCCAGCACACUCACGGACUCCUUGUCCAGCCUCCCGUCUUUUGCGAUGAAUGAUGCAAGCCAGUCUAUAAAUCUAGACAGCCCGAACACCUUCAGCGACAAACAAGAACAGGAAAUCUCAGCAGAAUCGAGCGAGACACCCCGGGCGGGGCCGGGAAAUGGAAACAUGAUAAAUGGACCAUGUGCAGUUUGGGACGCGUGCGCCCCAGAAAAGUUUGGCAAUGGGUCUUUAACGCCACCACACCAGCAUACACACUCGGUCACCGACAUUCAGUUGGCUCCUGGUCAGAAAAGAACAGUGGAUGGAGACAUCAAGUCGAUUUCGUCGGAACUUCUGGCGCCGACUUCUAGCGUUAAUGGGACUACGCGGCGUCGUUCAAAGAGCACUGGCUCACCAGCAUACGGAAACAGAAUUGCCCAGCUAUCUGUGCAUAUACGGACGCGUCUGUCAUACGCGGCUGCCAAGGUGGAAAAAUCGCGGCAGUUACGCGAAGCGGAUUCUCAACUGGGAAUUCCGAAUGGCCUACUGGGCCCGGCCUCGGCCUCGAACUCAACAUCCAACUCACAAGACCUUACCUCUCGAACCUCGGCCUCGAACACCCCUCAUGCAUACCAUACUCAUUCCCGCUCGCAGUCUGCACUCUCUUCCCCUAACAAACUCUUUCCCACUCCCAAAUUAGCUCCGCCUGCAGACAUCAUAUCUUCCAAGGGCGAUUCGCGGCGCCGUCGCCCGAACCCCAAUGCAGUCUCAAAGUCUCCCAACCAUAGCCCGCGUUCCCGCCACCGGCGAUAUCAUUCCGUUCAGGAAUUUCCAUCUAUGCGAUCGGUGGGGUCUCCUACUGUUCUAGGACCCGAGACACCUUUACUUCAGUCGUCCGCGCACUUUAAUGGCCCUACAUCUUCUCAAAAUGGCUUCUACGGAUCACAAAGUCAAUCUCAGAAUACCUCGAUGGAGCAAGACGCGAUCGAAACGCUCCUGUUCAUGUCCAGCCCCGAAAAUUCAGGCUAUCGCUCCAGCCCUCGACCGUUGCAGACUGCGUCAACGCAAAACAGCCUAAACGCGUCGUUAUACGGCAACAGUAUUGGAACUAUGCCCGGUAGUAACCAAAGCUCGCAGAGUAGCAACUAUCGCAAUGGUAUUAGGUCUAAAGGCACCGCCAUCGGGCUGGAAACGCACGCUGGAGACGAGAUCGAUCGCAUCUUGGACCAGAUGGAGAGUGAUAGUGAGGAUGAAGGCCGCUUUGCACCAUACCAUCAUGGACGAAACGUUCCCCAUGAUCUUCAAGUGAGAUCUUCUGGAGGAUAUCAUCACGGGCGAAUGAGAUAG